CGAAGCCUGGAGCACAGCAAUAGCUGCUGGGCUCAACCCGAGCGUCAGUGCGGCCUGGCGAGGCGCAGAGAGAGCAGGGACUCUCGCAGUGCUCGCUGUUAACGCACAUCAUGUCCGAUAGGAAGCGGAAGGCCUCCAGCUCGGAGGAGCCAGUGUGUGCGCUGUGUGGCCAGGCAGAUGUCGACCCGGACAUCUGCGGGCACACACUUUUCGAGACUGGGAUUCGUGUCCAUGAGUUCUGCUUGACGUCUGCCAACAUCACGGCUAAAGCAAGACCAGGAAUUGAGGUCCUCCCGCUUGCUGCCAUCGCACGCAAGGUCAGGCAGGCAAACAAGAAGCAAUGCUGUGUUUGCGGCGAGAGGGGGGCUGCCAUCACAUGCGCAGAGAGAGGCUGUGCACGCAGCUUCCAUCUGCCCUGCGCCAAGGACGGCGAAUGCAUCACCCAGUACUUUGGAGACUACAGGUCCUUCUGCUGGGAGCACCGCCCUCAACAGGCCACUCAGGAAGCUCCAGCACAAGGCACCAUCUGCCUCGUCUGCUUGGAGCCUGUGGGGGACAGCUUGUCCUACCACACCAUGGUGUGCCCAGCCUGCAAACACGUCUGGUUCCACCGGGACUGCAUCCAGGUAGGAGCCCACCCCGCACCCUGCAGGCACGCUCGGUGCUCAGCAGCACCAGGCGCUGCUCACGCUCACCCUGCUUGUGCUUCUCCUGCAGCAACAGGCCUUGAGUGCUGGCACUGCGUACUUCGAGUGCCCCGGCUGCCGAGACUACAUUCUCUUCUGUGAAGAGAUGUCCAACAUGGGGAUCCACAUCCCAUUAAGGUUGGUGUC